AUGACCUCCUCUUCCUUACCCCCAACACCACCAUUCUCCUCCCUCCCGCUCCAAUCCACUGGUCCUCGCGGCAACGCAUGGGGUCUUUACGGCCCCUCUGAUGAACUCGGAUGUCUCAAUCGCCUCACCCCCGAAAACACCAUUGAAGCCGCCAAGGAGAUAAAACACGGCAUCCGAAUCUCCACUGAUUGGGCUUUAGAUAAACCGAAAGUCCCUUGCUUCGGACGUGUGCCGUUUAAACAGAAGAUUAUACAUAAAAGUCCAAGAAGUGUUAACGAUGAUGAGCUAGUGUUGAAUACGCAGUGUAGUAGUCAGUGGGAUGGAUUCAGACAUUUUGGAUAUCAAGAUCAUAAGACUUACUUCAAUGGUUGCACGCAAGAAGAAAUUCAUAACUCAACCCGAAACGGAAUCAACGUUUGGGUAGAAAACGGCGGCAUAGUGGGCCGCGGUGUUCUCCUCGACUACGCUCACUGGGUAGAGUCCCAAGGUCGGACUCUUUCUCCUCUGACAACCACCAAAAUACCUCUUUCAGAGAUCAAAGCAGUGGCCAAAGCCCAAAAUGUCACCUUCCGUCCUGGAGAUAUCCUCUUCAUUCGUACUGGGUACCUUCGUGCUUUUGAAGCACUCAGCCCCUCUGAUGCCAGUGCCCUUGCUACCGCCCCCCAAAUGACAGCCAUAGGCCUCGAAGCCUGCAAGGAAGUCCUUGAAUGGCUUUGGGAGAAAGAGUUUUCCGCCGUCGCCGGCGACCAGACUGCUUUUGAAUCUCUUCCUUUCGACCUGAAAAAUCAACACUGGAUGCACGAAUGGCUACUAGCCGGUUGGGGAAUGCCAAUGGGUGAGCUAUUUGACUUGGAGAGAUUAGGGGAGGAGUGUAGAAGAUACAAGAAGUGGACGUUCUUCUUUAGCAGUGUUCCUUUGAAGGAGGAGUAG